AUGGCAACCAUUGUUUUUAUCUGUGACAGAAAAAUUAAAAGUACAAUAUUUUGUUAAUUAAAAGGUUGUUAAGUUGGUUUUAAUUAAAAAUUUUCUUUAUAUAAGUAUUAAAAUAAUUAUAGAAAACUACUUUAAUAAAUAUACUCUAUAAAGUAUUAAGAUGGCUAAUAUAAUCCCUCCGCUCGUUAGUGAUUCUCCACCGCCACCGCCUUCUGAAGACGAUGAAGAUGACGAAUUUGAUGAAUUUAGAGGAUCAAAUGACAUUUCCUAUGGCUGUGACAGUUUAUCCUUAACACCUUCCCCAGAGCAGUCCCCUAAAAAAGUACCUAAAGAAGCCUCAUCUGCUAGUGAACAUGAGUUUAACUUUAGUUCAGUAACUCCAGAAACUGGUCAAGAAAAUACAAAACACUUACAUAUAGAUCAGUUAAAAUUAAAAGAAACUAAUAGGGAAGACAGCAACCAGACAGUAGAUGUAGUUCCUGUAGAACAAUCUUUAAAACAAAAUAAUAGUGAAUUAUCAAUUAGUGAAAGUUCAGACAAAGUUAAGGUAGAAAUUACCACAAAAGUGCUUCACAAAAACAAUUAUAAUAAAGAUAACAUUCCAAGUCAAUUCAUUAUUGAAAGUCAUAAUGUAAAAUGCGAAAACGAAAUCAGUAAUUGUGAUAAUAAAAAUGAAAAAUUAGAAAACAAACCUGAGUUACAUAAUAUAGACAGUAAUAUGCCAGUUGUAGAAACUAAAUUGCCCAAUGGUUUUGUUGAUUUAGAAAAAUUUGAUGGACCAAAUUUUUCUGAAUCAACACCUACAGAUCAGCCUAUUAGUAACAAUUCAGAAUUUACCCUACAAGAUACUUGGUCAGCUAAUUUCUUAAGUAAUGAAAUUAAUGGCCUGGAAUUGCCAGUUUCAAGAGAUAGUCCUAUAGAUAAUUCAAAAUGUAAUGAAAAGUCUGAAGAAUUUACUGAUUUUUCAAAAAGUAUAACUGAUGAUCUAAAAAAAGAAACAGAAGCAAAAGUAGAUAGUUAUUCUUGUAGUAAUGAUAAUGAAUUAAAUGAUUUUAGUAAUUUUUCGUCAAAUCUUGCACAUUCCAUACAAAAUAAUAUCAACAAUGAUCUAGUCAAAAAAGAAAAUGUGGAACUUUCAAGUACUACAGACAAAAAAGUUGAUUCAACUUUGAAUCCAGAUAUGUGUUGUGAUAAUGAAGUAACAAUGGAAUCUACUUCAAAUAAUUUUAAUGAUGAUUUUGGAACUUUUGUAUCUCACCAUGUAGACCUAAGUAAUAAAUCUAAAGAGAUUGAAUUAGAAAAUGAAGAAUUUGCAUCUUUUAAUUUUCAUUCUGUAGAUGAUUUAAAACCACAAUCUCAAUAUAAAUUUUCCAAUAAUGAUAUAGAAGUAAAAAAUGAUGAUUUUUCUGAUUUUUCAUCUUUUACUGAUAAUCCACAAUCGGGUCAAAGUCAUAAAACGAAUGUACAAGAAGACAACAUAGAAUUUAAUGCUUUUUCAUCAAAAGAUGCAACAAAAAAAAGUGAAAAGGAAAACGAGAGUGAGUCUGCUAGUUUUGCAAUAUUUCCAACAUUGAAUUCAACUGGAAAUUUUACAUUUAAAAAUGAUGAUGAAUUUGAUGACUUUACCUCAUUCCCAGUAGAUUUGACUGAAAAUGAAGGCCCACAAAUUUCUGAUGACGAUUUUGAUGAUUUUGGAGAAUUUACAUCAACUACUUCACAGUCACCUCUUGACACAUGCCAAAAAACAGAACCUUCCAAACCGUUUCUAUUAAUAGAUGAAAAAGAAGCUUUUAAGAAAACUGAAGAAAUUAUUAAAGAUAUUUUUGUAGCACCUGAUGAGAUUUUGGAUGAUUUUCAGUAUUUCGAACUGGGAAAAGGUGAUACUAUAUUUACCCAAUUACAAGACAUCACUGAUACACCUGCUUUGGGAUACAUUUGGUCAAAAUCGACUAGUCAAAGGUUGCUCUUGAAGUCACUUAAUAUCGAUUCAAGAAAUAUAUUGUUCGGGCAUUCUUGGAACUCAUCAAUGCCAAGAUUUGCUGCUAAUCUUGGCGUUCAACCACUAGAACCCGUUAAAAUGGAACCUCUAACUCCUACACCAGCUGAACCAGUACCACCUAUUAUUCAAAGUUCUCAGCCUGAAGUUGAGGAAGUUCCCAGCGCUGAAUUUGAUUGGAACAGUUCUGGCUUAGUGAAUCCACUUGAUUAUUCACCAAGCAAAUCUGCAACCCAGUCUACGAAGUCUGUGCAUCCCUCUCAACCCGACAAUGAUGACUAUGAAGAAUUUACGUCAUUCCAAUCAUCAAAUCCUCCUGCAGGAUGGCCGAGUGUACCCCUAAGAGAAACAUACAUAUCCGAAUUUCCCCAAGCACAUAUCGACAUAGAUGUCGUUUUGCAACCCACAAUUGUCACUCCAGAAUUGCCACGAAAGAAUGUUAGUCCCGAGUCUGUCAGUAGAUUUGCUGAAACGCCACCAGAAAUUAAAAACGACGAUAUGAAGCAAGAUGAAGAUGAAGAAUUUGAUGAUUUUCAGAUGGUUUGUCCUGGAGACAAAAAUUUGCAUGAAAGUGAUAAAAGUGGUGGUAUUGCAACAGUUAAUGAUACUGUUAUAAACAAUUCUGUUCUUGAAAAAGAAAGUAAACAAGAAAUUUUUGAUACUAUUCCUUUUGAAGCUCCAAAAGAUACAACAAUAAACUUUGAAUCAAAAGAUGAAGUGAUAGAAAAUGCAGACGAGGACGACGACGAUUUCACAGAGUUUCAUUCCUCUGCGCCUUUACCUCAACAGAUACAACCUCAAACUCAAGCCACAACAAUAUCAGUCCCUAUUCUGCAACCCACCCAAAUGUACUCCGUUCCUAAUUCGACAGAAAUCAAUUGGCCGGAUCCUGGUAUUACUCAUGAUGAGUUAAAGAGAUUUGAAGAAGUGUUUUCUCUGCCUUCAGCUCCGAAGAAAGAAGAAAAAGUUGAUAUUGAAACGAAGAUAUCAGAAACUGUUAAGAUUCAACCUGUAGAAUCUAAAGAUAGGAGUAAUAUUUCAAUUUGGGAUAGUCCCCCAAGGAGUAACCCCAUCAAGAAAUCCGAAAUCAAGGAACCAUCGAAAAAAAUUGGAUCGAAACAAAGCUCCUUCGAGGAUGAAGAAUGGUCUGACUUUGUUUCUGUCCAAAAACCUUCGCCUAUUCAUAAAACAAAACUGUUAGACCGAAAUCAAACGUCAAGUCCGGAUCUACCGCUUUCGGUGUUGAAUUUGGGCAGCAUACAACCUACAAAACAACCCAUACCUGUCAUAACUCCUCAGGGUUUAGUUCAAACGAAGUUAUCUACGAAUAUGAACCCCACUUCUCAACCAAAAACAAUGAACGCCAGGCCGUCUUAUGAUCUACCAACACUACAACCAUCAAUAAUCAGCAACCAAUACGCUUCUCAAGCCUAUGGUUUCGGUGCAGCCAAACAAUCUAGUCAAGUCGUUCUAAACGGACAGGAAGACGACGAAUGGGGCGAAUUCGUGUCCAGCCCUCUGCCCCCGCAACACCAAAAUUCCUCCACGACGGUGGGACACCACAGUUGGAACAAUUUCGUGUCGAAUCUUGGCCAUUCGAGUCACAACAGUCACGCCAGUAGAUCGGCCAAUACCGGCUCGCAGAAGAGAAACAGUCAUCUUUCGGGAUUGGUAUUGCCCGAAUUGGACUUUCUCGCACUUAAAGAGCGGACUGGCGUGACGAGAAAGAAAUGACCAAGGAAUCAGGUUGUACUUUAAGUUUUUGGUACAAGAUUGGGAAUACCGUAUGUUCAGAAAACAAAAUCUACUAAUACCACACUGGGCAGUGAAUUACUUUCUAUUAUAGACAUGGUGGAUGUUCGAAUUAUGAUAAAUGUUGAUUAAAAAUGGACGAAAACAUAGCAUUGCACAAUUUUCAAUUUCAUAAUGUUCAUAUUUUACAA